AGAUUAGGUCGGAGAUCAAAACGGAUGAUAGAGAAGAUGCAUGAGACCAUCGCCAAACAACGUAAUCAGGGGGACAUGACAGUGAAGCCAGCUGGUUUCUAUAGCAACCAUCCAGACCUGUUUGCCCAAGGGAAGUACGGACCAGGCGGAAUGCCACCAGGAGGCAUGAACCAUCCAGGUGGACCUCAGGGAGCGAUGCUAGGGCACCAUAUGCCUCCAGGGAUGGGUGGUAUGCCUAUGGGAGGCAUGGGUGCCAUGUAUGGCCAUCCUUCUAUGGGAGGUGGAAUGGGGGGAUUCCCCAUGGCAGCCAUGUUGGGAGGAGAUGGGCAAGUCAAUCCACAGGUGGUCAUGGAACACAUGCGCUCCAUCUCCACCAUCAUCAAACAAGAACUCGAGCAAGGGGGUCAGGAACGAGACCCUCCUGCCUUUAACGAAACCUCAACACCACCUGAGGGCUCCCCACCACCGAUCCACAGUCGACGAUCAUCAGUCACGGGCUGUCAAGACACGUGCCCAUCAGCCACCAUGCAGCAGAGUGCCAUGCAAUCACCGACAAUCACAAGUUUAUCAACCCCACCGUUCAGGGCAGGAGAUCCCAGAGGCAAUGGCGUCGAUCUGUAUUCAGCUGUCAAAUUGAGUUCACCGGGUAAUAACACUGCACAGAGGCAAGACACCUCACCGAACGUACCCCAGAGUAAGUUUGAUAAGUUUGAGGAGGAGUAUUCGCAUUGUACGUACCGCACAGAAAGUGCCCCUAAUAGUAAUGAGCCGCCCACCGCCAUGGAGGUAGAUGAGGCUGCGUACAGCAGGCUACCUAUGUCUACCAUCUCAAAGAUGCUACGAUCAGGACAACCUGUUAUAUUAAUACCUAAAGACGUCUCCAGGGAAGGGAGGGAAGGAGAAAAAGGGCACAGGGAUAUAGUUAUACCGCCAAGUCCAACAGUAGUGGUGAUUGACAAUCAGAAAGACCUCGAUGCAGAUAUGGACGAUCGUGAUCGCGAUGAUGACGAAGAGAAGAGUAACAGAUCAGAUAGCAGAGAUUCCCCGUCAUCUUCGAAAUACGCGCACGGGGUGUCAAUGAAGCGACGCAAGUCACUAGAGGAAUUCCCACUCCCGCACGGCAAGCAGAUCACUUCAUAUUCACCGCUUCAGGGCCACAGUGGCCAAUUUUUUCAAAUUCCCUCAUCCUUCCCUCAGGGUAUGUCCCCGGCAACAUUCCUGCCCUCCCAUUCACCUCUGGGUUCACCCUGGUCUCCUAUUGCCAUGACCAGACCUCCUCUUGCAAUCUCCUCAUCCUUCAUGCCAGCCUCUCCCCCUCACCUCUCCAUGGCCAUGUCCCCCAUGGGUAGUCCCUUCAUGGUCCACAACGCCAAAAUGCACCAUGCCGCCUCCAUGGAUCGCAAGAGCAACCAUUCACCUCUCAAUCCCAAAUCUCCUCACAACCCGCUCCAUCAAAGAGUCCGGUCAACGCCAGACCCCGAUAAGUCCGAGAGGUCGCCGUCCUUCUCUCCAUCCCUUCAUCCGUCGAAGUCGCCGUCAUCUCCUCAUCAGAACCACAAGCCAUUCAUCAAGGAGGAACCUGGGCUGCAGGAUGAACCAAAGAUUGACACUCCUAGAAGUGGGAUGCUGGAAAACUUCAACCCCAAUGAACCCAUCACGCCAGAGAUGAAGACAAAGCUUGAGAAGAUCAUUCAUGAUGUCAACAAGGUCUACCACGACACCUGCCAUUAUACCUUCAGAAGAAUUAAAUUCUUGAGGGAACGAUAUUUCCCUCAGCUUGGAGAAGAUGAAGAACUUAAUGGAAGGUUACACUCCAAGUACGACCAUGACUGCAGCAAGUGCGAUCCUCCUCCAGGAUUCCCCACCAGUCCCAUCCCACCCAGGGAGUUGGAUCCUGCUGACGGCCCCAUCGAUGGUCAGAAGAUGUGGACUUUCUUCUCCAACAAGUUCACCAGUCAAAUCACCAGGAUUGUCAACUUCAGUAAGAUGAUCCCUGGCUUUAAGCAACUGGACAGAGAGGAUCAGAUCACGCUCAUCAAGACAGGACUAUUUGAAGUAUUAACGAUACGAUUCUCAACCGUCGUUGACGUGGCAACCAACACGGUGUACUGGUGGACGACGGGGGACACCUUCAGCCUGGUCGACGCCCACAAGAUGCCCAUGGGCAACCUGUUUGAUCUCCUCUUUGACUUUGGUCAGAGGGUCAAUCGAAUGAUGCUGGAUGACAGCGAGUAUGCUCUGAUGUCCGCAGUGGUCAUCAUGUCAGCAGAUCGACCUGGUCUCAAGAACCGUAAGCUGAUUAGGGAAGUCCAGCUUGAUCUCCUCAAGGCCCUACAGCUGGAGAUCAGCGACAACCACCCGGAUGACGACCAGCUCUUCUUCAGGCUACUCACGACCAUCCCCAAGCUACGUGAGAUCAGUCCAGAGCACACGCGCCGCCUGAUGGACCUCAAGAUACGCCAACCUGGUGUCAGCUUUCCGCCCCUCCACGCCGAAAUCUUUGAUCUGGAUAAAGAAGAUGCUACAGAGAGCAGUUAGCGUGGUCCAAACUCAUCCAGGAUAUAUCAGAAUUUACUAAAUUUUGUCUAUUUUUUGAGAUUUUCAGUUGAUACUUAUAUGUGUAUGCAGAGAAUGGUGUUGCAUAUGAUACUCAUUAUGACAAUACUGCCAAGAUGAAUAUAUCUUUUUUGUGGCAGCUAUCACAAUUGUAAAUGGGUGCGUUUACAUUUUACCGGUUUUUUUCUUCUGAUGGAACAGAAAAAAAUUAUAUCUUGAAUAAAGAUAAUGCUCGUGUAUCUUGUAAUUUUUGCUAGAAAGAGGUUAUCCUACAAAGUCUUGCUUAUUUAUAUCUGUUAGAAAUGGUCAUCAUGGCAUUUCUAAGAAUUAUUAGGCAACUCUCAGAAUGAUUAAUUUUAUUGUAUUUUAACCCCCUUUGGGUGAUCAAAAAGUAUUUUCAUGGUUUAUAAAACAAUAUUAUUUCAUACCAGUAAUGGGUUUUUUAUCUAUUUGAUUUUAAGCUUAUCAUCUACCAUAGACAAUUAAAUUAUUGUUUUUUACUGUAAAACAAUCUUACCCUUCUUCAAAUUUUCAAUCAUUUGACUAUGUCCUUACUUAGGAAAUUUUAAUUACAUCAUUAUUAUUGAGGGGAUUGCAAAACUUUUUUUUUAUUUGAGCGAAAUCAAUUUCAUAGUAGUUCUCCAACUGCCAUGAUCAUCUUCUACUGUCUAUUCUAUUCUACUUAUUCAACAGAAAGAAUAUUGGAAUUAAAAUUGACUUGUGUAUGGCCCAAAUUGUGAAAAUAUAGGAUUUACUGGGUGAAAACAUUUUAUACUCUUCAUAUCGCAACAUUGUAAUGUAUAUUACAUGAAAUGAAUAAGAGGAUCAAAUUAUCAAAUACUGCCUGAUGGAAUUCUCCCCCAAAUUUUAUUUUCCUUGAAAGUGUUCUAUCCAGUAGCUCUAGAAGCUAUUUAUCAUAUUUUUAUGAUGUUGAAAAGAAUCGCAAAUCUUUAUUUUCGGAAACGAGAUUGAAAUAGAAGAAAUAUCCAAUAAAUCAUAUACAGAGUACAACUGCCUGGAAAAUACAUCUCCAAUGCAAAACAAAUUAACAAACCUAAGUAGCAUCCAUAUGGAUUUGAUGUAUGUAAUGAAUUGUAUCAUAAUAUCCAGUGGAUACAUUGAUUUUAAUUGUUGACUGAGUUGUUAUUAUUAUUGUGCUUUUGAGUGACUCAAAAUUUUAGAUCAAUAACUAUCUUUUUAAUUUGUUUUAUUUAAUUGAUUCCUUAAUCUUCAAAAUAUUUUUUGUGUCUGUUUUUUUUUAUAGGUUUGAAAGUAAUUACUUUGAGGUGUUUGCCAUAUUCCAAACAAUGAAUAAAAAGAUAUAAGGCACCAUUAGACUUUUUCCUUGCAUAUUCAUGGCAUUAAACAUCCUUUUCAAUCAAUAUGACUCUAAAAACACAUGUCUCGAUGAUGUUUUGAGUCAUGAUAUUUCUUAUUUUGUUUGAUUUUGAUACUAUCCAUAAUUUUUGCUUAAACCUGCAGCUAAUUUGUAUAAUACAAAAAUGAAAGAUUGAGUAAUAAUUCUGUGUGUGAUAGCAUCAUACGUUUUGCAUUGAAUAGGUUAAUGGAGACCAGGGUCACUUUUAUAGUAGCUUGUAACUGUAGCUUAUAACAGAGUGGACAAAAAUUGAAAAAGCCUUUGUAGUCGAAUGUGUAUUGUAAGUUGUUCUUUGUGAGUUAAUGCAUGGAGGUUGUAUACUUCCUUGGUUUUUGUCACACAAUUUCUCACUGAAUUUAGAUAAAAGAAUGUUGUAACUUAUUCAGGAAAUUUCUAUUGUUGUAUCACACAUUUGAAUUUAAUACUUGAUCGAGAAAGUAAUGAUAUUUUUGCCAUUUUAAAUUUGAUUCAUUUUUUUUCUGAACCAAAUUAAUUAUAUUUUUUUUCUAUUUUAUGUAGGUAACACUUAAAUCAGUAUCAACUACUUUAAAGAAAAUGGGAUUUCAAAAGGAAAUAUAGAAUAUUUCUUCUUGAUAUAUAUUUUAUUUGAAAACAAAAACAUGGUCAUGGUGAAAAUGAUAACACUUUUUCUUUAAUUUGUGGAUGUUCCAAAGUCCUUUCUUUGUUAUCAAAUGACUUGAAUAUUUAGUCACUUUGCCAUUCUUAAUUCAAAUUUUGUAUUGUAAAAUCCCUGUCAAGACAAAGGUAAAUAUUUGUUUAUAUUUUGAUAAAUUCACCAAAGAAUUUCUGUGUAUUUGUCAAGACAUGAAAAUGAAGAGGGUCACUCAAUCUCAUGGACAAUAUUUUUUGGCAGUUCAUUUAUUAAAAUACAACUUUGACAUGACUUUUGAUAUCAUAAUACAGUUUUAUUCAUGAUGACAGCACGGAGGGGUUGAUAUUGCAACGGAUGAUGUAUGUAAAUGCUUAGAAAAUUAUACAUAUUUUUAAUUCAAAGUUAAUUGGCAAUCAAUGAACAUUAACAGCUCAUCACUAUAUUUUUAUUGUUAGUAAACUAAGUAAUACACCUUUGUUCAAUAAUACUUCAACUCAUUUUUUUCUUAUCAUUGCCAACAAUUUUUAUUCUUGCUAAACAAAUAAGAUGCUGUUUUGAAUUCAUGUUUUGUCAUGUAUCAGCACUUUAAAUAAGAUGCACAAUAUUUCUUUAUGAGGUGUUUUUUUCUUUUGAAAUAUAUUAGAGUGAAAUAACUUUGUUAUCCAAACAUGUUUUACACAUGAAAACCCUAGGUAUACGUACUGAAAUAUUUGCUGGGUAGACGCUUUUUGUAGUGAUUCCCAUUUUGCCAAAUUUGUAUCUCCAUUUCUUUAUCACGUUCAUGUGAUUUGAGUAUGCCUGUGAUUAUUGAAAUUAAGCUGUGUCAGAAUGGAAAAGGAAGUUUCUAAAAUCAUUAUCUCUGUCAUUGUGAAGACUCUUUCCUAGUUCAACUAGAAAACACUUGCGUGUUGUAAAAGAAAGUAAAAUGAAAUAUAUGAGUUACUGUAGCUGAAAUAACGAAUGCUUCCCCUUAUCUCUAAAGUUAAACUUGCAGAUCUGUAGACUGGACUGCCUAAAUUGUGAUGUGCUUGUGAUUGUAUAGAUGAUGGUUCUUGAAUCUUACCAUUGAAUAAGAUGUAAUAACUCACUGUAAUAUAUAAAGAUAUACGGCAUAUGUAUGUGGCUUGUUAUCACGAAAUGCACAGAAUCUAUUGUUAACUCAAAGGGAUGAAACCCAACAUUUAUGAUCAUUUAACUUUUUUUAUAUCAUGCAUAUCUUAAAGAUGUCAUUGAAAUAUAUUGCAUAUUAUUCUCCUUAAACAAUCUCAAUUUUAAAAAGUCAAGGACUGCACUACCAUUUUAGUCUUUUUCAUAUUUUGACAAAAUAGAUUUAUAUCUUUCAUCUUUGUGUUAUCUUGUAACAUGCUUCUUUGCCAAAUGAGCACUAAUAAAACAAUUUCUUUAUAACUCACCUGGAUUUUUUUUAAAUUAAAACAUUCCUAGUGUAUUAUUGUUACUUGGAAAUAUGCAGUUCAUAUUUACGCAAUUUUGCUAAUUCGGAUGAUAAUCUUAAAAAGAAAUCGAAUUAAACCAGUUGGUAACAUCAGUGAAUUUCACUCUGAUUUUGAUAGUUUGUUAUGUGAAUUAAUGUCCUGCUUAUUUUUAUUCUUUAUUAACAUUGUUAUAAACAGUUCAAUUACACAAAUGCUGCUGGAUAAUUUUUUAAUACCAUAAAAAAAGAGAUUGGUUUUGUGAGUCUUUAAACACAGUCGAUGAUGUAUUAAUAUAGAUUUAUCUUGAAUAAUAGCAGUGUAUAAUGUGAUGUUGUGUAAUAGUAGCCCCUUGUUUAAUUUGAUGUGAGGUAUAUACAUUUUUGAAAGAAGCUAUUAAGGAGAUGGGUGGGAUGAAUUGGGUCGGAUAUAUUGUGUGGAAGGUAAAAAUUCUGAUUCAUGGUCGUUUAUGUAAUUGAUUUGCCGAUGCCGAGCUUUGUUUGACGUGUUAAUCACUGAACACAAAGGAAUACACACCUUCUGACACGAGCCACUAUUUGUAAAUUAUCUGAAAUAUAAUCUCAGGCAUUUUGAAUGUGAAUGUAUAGAUCAUGUAGAGUUAAAACUUAAAAAAAGAGAAAUCUGUGUGAUCUUGGAUGUAAAUAUGAAUAUCUAAGCAUUUUUGCCACUACCUGUACGUAAUCUGUGCUUUGACAAUUUACAGAAUCUUGAGUGUGUCUAGUGUAU